UCAUGGCCGCCGUUCGCUCGCAGCGUAGUUUUAGUCAGGCCGCAUCGCCGAGUGGUAAGCGGUGUGUUUGCUAGUGAAAAUAAGAGAAGAUGGGGCACGAUAAUGGGCAGACGUUCAAGCGAAGAAGGCGUUAGCGAUCUCCCGGUCCUGAUUGAGGACGAUUUAUGCGAGAGGCUCGCGACGAUGGACUCGCGAGCGCGGAGGACUCGGCUACGUAGCGUCGUUGGGAUUUGUUUGUUCCUCGCGCUGACGGGCAUCAUUUAUCUCGGCUAUUUCUGCCCGGAUCAUGUUUGCGCCCUGACCAGCCGCGAGAUCAAGGAGUCCAUCAGACUUUCCGAGGGCCUGUCCGGUUCCGGCUUGUCUUCCGUCUCCGUCGAACUUGAGAAAAAUGGCCUGCUCUCGAUGCAUCCCGCGUUCAGAUUGCAAAGCAUCCAAGGGAGCCUCGGUUACGACGACGUAUUUACCAACGACACCUUCCAGUUCGACAUCAACGGCCACGACGUCAUGGUUUUCUUGCACAUUCAGAAGACUGGAGGCACGCUAUUUGGCAAGCAUCUGGUCAGAGAUCUAGAUCUGCAGAGGCCGUGCUCUUGUCAAAGGAGACGCAAGCGUUGUUUCUGUUUCCGUCCAAAUCGCAAUGAAAAUUGGCUUUUCUCGAGAUAUUCCACGGGGUGGAAGUGCGGGUUACACGCCGACUGGACAGAGUUGACCAGUUGCGUCGACGCCGAGUUGAACAAAAUCGAAGGGGACGGUAUAAAACGUAGAUACUUUUAUAUAACUAUAAUAAGGGAUCCGGUCGCGAGGUACUUGUCGGAGUUCAGACACGUGCAAAGAGGAGCUACUUGGAGAGGAGCCCGUCACUGGUGUGCUGGGACCCAGGCGAACAUACCCCAGUGCUAUCCUGGAUCCAGCUGGCAAGGCGUCUCUUUAGAACAGUUCAUGGCCUGUCCAUAUAAUUUGGCAAGCAACCGGCAAACGAGAAUGUUGGCCGAUCUAUCAAUUGUUGGUUGUUACAAUUCUACGCUGAGCAACUUGGAGAGAGAUCGUCUCAUGUUGGCUAGCGCUAAGCACAAUUUGCAAUUCAUGCCUUUCUUCAUGUUGACUGAAUACCAAAAAGUGGGACAAUAUUCGUUUGAGGAAACGUUCGGGAUGAGGUUCGCCAUUGCGUUCGAGCAACAUAACGCGACGUUGAGUGCAGCUACGAUGGCCACGUUGAGCCCCGAACAGUUAGACGCGGUGCGUAAGUUGAAUAGAUUGGAUCUCGAGCUGUACGAGUUCGCAAAGAAUCUAGCGUUCCAAAGGUUCAAACGGCUGAGAGAUCGCGAUCCGUACUUCGUGCAAAGAUUUCAACACCUCGGCGAGCUGCCCUCGAGGCAGAGCGCGACGGAAUUCAAUUGGGAUUCUGUUAUCGAAGAUACCACAGAUGUUGAAUGAUACGUAAGUAGGCUGCUGAUAAGCCCGAUUGUUCGCGUCAGGAUUGAGAAGGAAAGAAAUCGUUGCUCUGAGUUGGAGCAUCUCAGGGAAUCGUCCUUGAAUGAAAGAAAUUUUACAUAGAAUUAUUGCGUGCAGUCGUCUGCAUGGAACUUACCAAAAGUGUUUAUAGAAAAUAAUGCGUGGACAAGACCAAAGAGAGCUGAGAAAGGAUCUUAAUGUAACCCUUGAAAUCCUCUCACGGUAGCUACGUGCGUAAAAAGAGAUCGGAUAUCUUUUUACGUCCAGACGUUCUUCCUCUCGAUGCAAUUUUUUUUAUUUACAAAUCUAUUUUAUAAAUGUACGUGACAGAGCAAUCCGCGGAUCAGUUUUGUUUGAUAAUAAUCGAUUUAAAUGUUGAACAUGCUAGAAUUAUUUUUUGACUACGUUCUUACAUUAAAAUAUAGGAAAUGUUUUAAUAUAUUCUUUUAAUAUUUUAUAUGAUACUCGGUAUUUGCAUUAGUAUUCUCUCAAACGUGAUAAAAAUUAAUUUUACGAUCUUCUUAUUAAAAUUCCUUCUAUGUAUUAUCGUACAUAUUUUUAUUUCGUUCUCAUAGUCUUUCGACUACAUAUCUUUCGCGAUUAACAUAAUGAAAAUCAUUAGCUUGUUGCAAGUUUGCGUGAAUAUCGUUUAGUAAUCUAAUCAUUAAUAUGAAAAAAAUGUUGCGUUAGUAAGUCAAAGGUUACAGAUUAGAUCGGAAUCUGUAUUCCUAAUUAGGAAGCAAAGGAGAUAAUAAAAUUGACGUAACUUACGGCAUGUAUAAAGGUCCCUAUUUACAGUUUUCAGUGAAACGAUGAAUAAACGGGGAAUAUUCAUUUUGUACAUAUAUCUAAGAGUCUAUAUUUUUUAAUAGAAUCAUUUGCAGUGUUAUUUGAACGAAGUGGUAUGAAAUUUAAUAAAGACGAUCCGCACGAGUGAUGUAGGAGUGAAUGGUCAUUGGAUAAACAUGUUUAAUAUUAGACACUGAUUAUUUAACAAUGUAAUUGCUCACGGAGGUCGUUUUAUUUUAGCCCGUAACACUUUCGAGACAAUAUUUCAUGAUGCGUCAGUCAGUGGUCGUUGAUAAAAAAGAAUUUGCGUAAUUUCAUAAUUUAACUGUCUCGUGCAAGGUUCGUAGUCGUGUUAGAUCGACGAUUCGAUGAGCUGAAUUGGAAGGAUCAUAAUAGAAUUACGUGUGCAAUAAGACUCGAUGGGUUACCACUAUAAAUAUCUUAUAUCACCAAGUCAAAAAGUAAAUGUAAUAUAUCCUACGUACAUAUAUAUAUAUUUAUUAUGUAUCUAGCUAACUAGCAUUAAAUCAUUACGAGGCAAAAUGCAAAUGCUCUCUGCAGCUGCGUAUCCACCAGUUAUGCAAGUAGUUCACACGCAAAUCUUCGCCAAAUGGUCAUACGUUCAUAAGCAUAUCAAAUGUAAUUUAUUUGAAUACCUUUUAACAACAUUUUUCUAUAUUUCACGUCGCUGGUAGAUACGUGGCUUUCAAAGCAUUGUCGAUCCUCAGUACCAUGCUUAUAUUGUAAGUUGGAUCAUGAAACGAGUGCCAUGAAUCGUUUUUUUAUUUAGCCUUGCCAUUAGAAAUGAUUUCUAUCAUCUUUUCUAAUUAUUCGUAAAGUUCAGGCUUCUCGUGGCCUAUAACAUAGCGAAUGCUUUCGAAUGCACUUGUCAGUGGUAGUAGUAUAACGAAACCUACCUGUUUCUUCAAGGAAGUCAACAUUUCGUUUAAUACUAUUACCAUUCACGAGUGAACUCCAGAACUAUAUUUAUAUAUGUAUAAUGUUAAGCAAACAUGAUUAACGAUCAUUUAAAAGUAACGUUAAGGACCAAAGAUUGAAUAAGUUUUUACAGUGAGCGCAGAGAGCUUGUUUCAAGCGGUUGUAAAAGAAAUUUUUUAUAUGUUAAACAAAGCGAUCGUUGUAAAUGGAAAAUGUAUUCCGAGGUGUCUCCACUGGAUGAUAUUAUAGAUACAAUUAGUAUUCGACGAACGAUCUUCUAGGCAUCGAUAUGCAAGACGAUAUUUAAUAUACCCCUAUUUUCGCACAUUUAUCUUUAGUAUACGUUUUACAAUAAAUAAUUCAAAGGCGAAUCGAACUUACUAAAUUACACAGGGUUUGCAGUAUUUUAAAACGAACGCGAGGACGUAUUUUGGGGGCGUCGUUUUAAUUCCUUAAAUUCUACUGAUUGUGUACCUAUACCUAUCUCUGCCAUUUGUUUUGAAAACGUGCAUAAUGAAAUACUUAUCUCGUUGUGUGCGCGUGUCGGAAUGCUCGUGAUUGUUUAGGUGUGUUCUUCGUACUAUCAGCAUUGUAAAAAGCAUGCGUAAGCAUAAUAUACUCUUCAAGAUUAGGGUGAAUGAAUGACUAGCUUUAAUACGUAACGCGAAGUUUUUCACGUGAAAUCGAGUUGUAAUGGACAAAGGGAAGUAACGUAAGAGGAUGGAGCCAUGACAGUAGCCUAAUAAAUGCAAAUUCUAGGCCUAA